CGGCUGUAUUUUCAUUACGAACUUUAUCUGAAGUCGAAUUGUUGUGUUUAUCGCUUUGUUUAACGCCACUCGAUGGUUCAGUGGUGCAAAUGUGCAGCCAGCAAUGACUAACUAAGCGGAAGACCAAGGAAUCCCCCCUUCAAUCCAGUGGAAAUCGAUCAAGAUGUCGUCUAUUGAUUGGGGCGACUUUGCCUGGAACUGGACGCAGUUCUGUCCCACGGGACUCAGGCCCUUCGCCAACGAGACCAACGAUCUGCUGCCCUGCUUCCAGAAGAUCCUGCUCCAGCUGCCCAUCUACACUAUCUUCGCCGCCAUAUCCGCCUACAAUUUCGGCAAUCAAUCGCGUCCCGUCAUCCGGAAUGGAUUGCAGCUGCGGAUGUUGUGGCUCCGUGCCUUCUUGGCCAUUGUUCUGGCCCUGCUGCCCGUGGCCAAGGUGUUUGCCUUCCACCAACAGGGCGUUGAACUGUUCGCGGUCGAUCUGCUGGUGGUUAGUGCCGAGUGCAUUAUGUGGGUGGUUCACAGCGGUUUCCUAUUGACAGCCCGUCAAUAUGGAGAGCUUAGUCACCGGGGAUCGCUGCUAAUCAAUGUGGUCUGGCUCACAGUGGUGGUGCUGGAUGCGGUGUGGCUGCGAACAAGUCGGCACUUCGACUGGUGGCCCUGGAGCCUGGCCACGUUGCUGUGUGACCUCCUGUUUGGAGCCACCUUGAUACCCAAAGGAAGUGCUGUUUACACCAGCUUGCCCAGAGGUAGAUCCUCGGGCAGAGAGGAUGAGGCUCUGCUAGCCCAGAGAUAUACCUACUUCCACUUUGAUCUGAAUGAGGGCCACUUGGGUCAUGCCCAGGAUGAAGCCAACUGGGGAUCGCGCUUCCUCUUCCAUUGGGUUCAGCCCCUAAUCGCAAAAGGAGUGGCUGGCAAGCUAAGGAAGAUUGAGGAUCUGUUUGAUCUGCCCGAUGCCCUGAAUAUCACGCGACUGAGUGAGAGGUUGCAUCUAGCUCUGUCGCAAUCCCAGAGUUUGUGGAGAGCCCUGCACAGAUGCUUCGGCGUGGAGUUUUAUCUCAUAGGAAUCCUAAGAUUGAUCGCCGAUUUGAGUGGCUUUGCAGGUCCCCUACUGCUCGGAGGACUUCUUAGCCAGGAUCACACGGACCCCUAUCAGGUGUAUUACUAUGCCCUGGGUCUAUUUGGCAGCACAUUGCUGUCGGCUGUGUGUGCCACCCACUUUGACUGGCGCAUGGCCAUGGUUUCCAUGAAAAUGCGAGUGGGAGUCAUCAACUCCAUAUACAGAAAAGCACUGGAGGCUAGGGGUUUGAAGGAAUCCAAACCAGACAUGCUAAAUCUCAUGUCAACGGAUACGGAUAGGAUUGUGAACUCUUGCAUUAGUUUCCACUUCUUCUGGAGCAUUCCCUUCAAGCUGUUUACCACUUUGUACCUGCUGUAUCUUCAACUGGGCGCAGCUUUUCUUGCGGGAGUAGCAUUUGCCGCUCUGCUGAUUCCAAUUAACAGAUGGCUGGCCAAACGAAUUGGCAUAUAUUCAAGUGGUUUGAUGACCGCCAAAGAUGCCAGGCUGUCUGCCACCACGGAAACAAUGCAGGGAGCCAAGCAGGUCAAAAUCAAUGCUUGGGAGGAUAUAUUCAUCACCAAGAUUCGCGGGCUUCGCCAGGAGGAGCUGCGAUUCUUGUCGAAGAGGAAGUAUCUGGAUGCCAUGUGCGUCUACUUCUGGGCCACCACUCCCGUGCUAAUGUGCCUGCUCACCUUUGGAGUAUCCGUGUUAAUGGGAAAUCAGCUGAUAGCUUCAACUACCUACACCAGCGUGGCCUUGCUUUACAUGCUUAUUGGACCACUGAAUGCCUUUCCAUGGGUGCUCAAUGGUUUAAUUGAAGCCUGGGUUUCCAUUAAAAGAGUCCAGCAACUGAUGGAUGUGCCCAAUUUGGAUUACUCCUCAUACUACAAUCCUAUAAUGAGAGGAAGCGGAGGAUCUGGAGCGGCAGAAGAUGCUCCUUUGGACGCCCCAAAGGCCAGUGUGCUGCAAAUGAAAUGCGCUAGUUUCUGUCACGAAAGCGAGGAGAACACAUCCCCGUCUGCGUUCCGUUUGAAGGACAUAAAUGUGGAUAUCAAGGCGGGCCAGCUCGUGUGCAUCGAAGGACCUGUGGGAGGUGGCAAGAGCAGCUUUCUAUCUGCUAUAGUGGCCAAUCUGCAGUGCACCGAUGGCGAGGUGUGCGUCCAGGAAUUGACCACUGGAUUUGGCUACGUACCCCAGUCACCGUGGCUCCAAAGAGGCACCAUAAGGGAUAACAUCGUAUGGGGCGCCCAGUUUGAUGAGCAGUGGUAUAAAACUGUUUUGCAUGCAUGUGCCUUGGAGGAGGAUCUGCAAAUCCUUGGAGGUGAUCUCAUUGGCGUGGGUGAGAACGGAAGAACCCUUUCUGGUGGACAAAGGGCGAGAGUGGCACUAGCUAGGGCUGUUUAUCAGGACAAGAAAGUCUACCUUCUGGACGAUGUGCUCUCCUCCUUGGACGCCCAUGUAUCUAGACAUAUUAUCAAGCACUGCAUUCUGCGACUGCUUAAGCACAAAACACGCAUUGUGGUCACACGAAGCAUUCAGUUAUUCUUCCACGCCAAUCAGAUUCUCCAAGUGAAGGAUGGUCAACUUCUUCCCAGUGAAUACAUGACUCAGAGCAUUGAUUUAAGUCUGGAUGAAGAAGCUGAUGAUGAGCGGGUGGAAGCAGUCAGGCGCCGUUCAGUGGAGUUGUCUAACCAGGAUGACAAGAAGAGUGUGGACAGUCUGCUUCUGGAGGAGUCUAGAGAGUACGGACAUCUUUCAGGGGACGUUUUUACCUGCUAUUGGAAGGCUGUAACUUCUCCGCUGGCCUUUACCGUCUUGCUUUCUGUAUUACUGAUGCAAUUUACAAGGAAUCUAAGUGAUGCUUGGCUAGCAUAUUGGGUCACUGAAACUACAUUGGAUCCUCAUUCAAAUGACACUUCUUUGGAUCAUGAGCUGGUGGGAGCUGCGUUAGGAAAUGACACUGGAUCGGGUCACACGACAAGAUUCUAUUUGAGCAUCUUCACCGCCAUCGCUGUGAGCAAUUCCUUGGUGACUCUGGCCAGAGCGUUUCUCUUUGCCUACGCUGGAAUAAAGGCGGCCAUAUUUAUGCACGAAAAGCUCCUGAAGAAAGUGAUGUUUGCCAAAUUCAAUUUCUUUGACAUCACCUCUGUGGGUCGCAUUCUGAACCGCUUUUCAUCCGAUACCAACACAGUGGACGACUCCCUGCCCUUCAUCUUAAAUAUUCUACUGGCUCAACUUGCUGGCUUAGUAGGAGCCCUCUGCGUCAGCUUGUAUGCGAUGCCUUGGCUGGGCCUGGUGAUAAUUCCCAUGGUACCAAUCUACCUGAACUUACAGCAGCGUUAUCGACACGCCUCCAGAGACAUCAAGCGGUUGUCAAGCAAUGCAAUGUCACCGCUCUACACGCACUUUACGGAGACGCUUCAGGGAUUGACGACGAUUAGAAGUAUGCGAGCUAGUCCCAGAUUUCAAAGAGACUUCCAGGUGAAGCUCGAGGAGAGCAUUAAAGCCCAGUUGACACAAUCGGCCGCUCAGCAAUGGCUAGCUCUGCGACUCCAGCUGCUGGGAACACUUCUAGUCGGAGGAGCAGGUCUACUGGCAGCCAUUACCGCCUCUCACACAACGAAUCCUGGCUUGGUGGGUCUGUGCAUCUCAUAUGCUCUCUCCAUAACUGGUCAAUUGGGCGAUCUCCUUCAUGCUGUGGCUGAAACGGAACAGGAAUUGGUUGCAGUGGAGCGUAUCGAUCAGUAUCUGCAGCUGGAGGAAGAGCAAAAUGCCUCCGGAAGUGCUGAGCCUCCAUUUGGUUGGCCUACCCAAGGAGUUUUGAGCUUCCGGGAGGUUCAACUAAGCUACAGAGAACACUUGGCACCUGCUUUGAGAGGUGUAACCUUCCAGACCGAAGCCUUCGAGCGGAUUGGAUUAGUGGGACGCACUGGAGCUGGCAAAACAUCAGUCUUGGCUGCUCUCCUGCGAGUGGCACCCUUGUCCCAAGGAGAGAUUCGAUUGGAUCAGGUGAAUCUGAAAACUCUGGCUCUAAAUGUGCUAAGAGAACGGAUAGGGGUUAUUACCCAGGAGCCCUUCCUCUUCGAGGGCACCGUGCGUGAAAAUCUCGAUCCGCGUCAUGGUUUCCACGACUCUGAAAUCUGGCAUGCGAUUAAGAACUCGGCAGCGGCCACACUUCUCGUCCAGCAACUGGGUGGAUUAGAUGGCAAAGUGGAAUCGUGUGGCAACAAUCUCUCCGCUGGUCAAAGGCAACUUCUCUGUUUGGCCAGGGCUCUGCUUAAAAACGCCAAGGUGGUGGCCAUCGAUGAGGGUACAUCCAACCUGGACGACGAAUCGGAUCUGAGCAUUCAGCAGGCCUUACGGAAUGCCUUCAAGAGUUGCACACUCCUUUUCAUCGCCCACCGCCUGCGCGGUCUCAAUGCCAUGGAUCGUAUAAUUGUACUGGACGAUGGACGGAUCUGUGAGGAGGGCAAACCUCAGGAAUUGGCCUCCAAUAGCGCAACUAUAUUUCAUGGAAUGCUACUCGCCCAGGACAUUAAUCCCGAGGAUUUCGUCAGACCGCAUUAGCACCAAGUACAGCUUAUUAACUACCAAUUGUACAUAAGUCAAUUGUUAUACGAUUUUAUUUAUUAUUCUGUUUAAUUUGUGUUCCUAAUUUACGAUUCCAUUUUGAGUUCCCUUAACAAUUAAGAAAUCGAUACAAACUAACAAUAUUUGUUCUAGAUUUAUUUCAUUGUACAAAUACGAAUUUGAUUGACAAACUA